AUGGCCGGAACGGCGCAGUCACAGCCUUCAAACCAGGUGCCCGACACCUGCAAAUUCACCUCCCAAGGUAUCACUGCCGAAGCGUCGAACGAGCAUGCUGCCACCGAGUUCCACAGCAUCAGUGCCAUGCCAGCCUACAGGAAUUUCUCCUUCGAAGAACUGAGGCUGCACGACUACUCGAACGGUGGUCGUGGGGUCUACCGACACAACUCUUCCAGGACGAACUUCAGUUUCGAGGCAGCAGAGGCCCUAGCGUGGGCCACAGUUCCUCGCUACGACUCGAAAGACCUCGCCUUCGCCGCUUCUCGCAGGACAUCUUCGCAUACCAUGGUGGCCUUCCGCCCUCCCACGGUCACAUUGCGGGCGGGGAAAGUCGAGCAGCAAGACUUUGCGUUCCAUAAGGAGGCACGUGAGCGGGCCAUCACACUACCCGACGAUCUUCCAGAGACGGUCGAGCUGUACCAGCACUUCGUCUACAGGGGAGAUAUUGCACCCAACAGCUUCGGUGACGGCCCCAAGGACUCCAGCGAGUAUCAACUUCUCGCCCGCGCGUACAUCCUGGGUGAGCGCUUCUUUGACGCGCCGUUCAAAGACGCGAUCAUCGAUUCCAUCAUACACAAACUGCGCACUUCUGGCGUUUUCGAUACCCGGCUGACGAAUCUUAUCUACGCCAAUGUCCCAGUUGGAUCACAACUGAAAAGGCUGUUGGUCGACAUCUACACAUUUGCCGGCAGUCGAGAAUGGCUCAAUGAAGAGGCAGUAGGGGAGGAGAUCAACUCUGAGUUUGUGCUGGAGCUGAGCAAACGUCAAAUGGACAUCGCCAAGCUGCUCGGACCAAAAGUUCCAAUGUACGUCUCCAACACGUGCGGGUAUCACGAGUAUCCAAGGGGGGUCGUGCUAUAG